AGACGAGCUUCCAUAUGUGUUUGACCUCGACGCGACAACCACCCUCUCCACCAACAAAAGGGCACGCCCUGCAUCCUCGCGCCGCACCGCGCCGUGCCAACGUCUGCACCUCCUCGACAAACGACAAACUCUCGCACAGACAGGAUCUCUCCGACACGGUCUCCCCGACAGGGUCCCUCAGACACAAUGGCCACGGCCUCGGCCGCAGCCCCGCGUGGCGCUGGCCUGCCAGCCAAGGUCUCGCAGGUCGCCCCGAAUCAGACGCUCUACGUGCGAGACAUACCCUCGUCGAGGGGAUUGCAGAAGCAGGACAUGCGCAUGGCCCUAUAUAUGCUUUUCUCAACAUACGGCCCUGUGCUCGACGUUGUCGCUCUCAAGACAUCCAAAAUGCGCGGACAGGCCCAUAUCGUGUUCCGGGACAUACACGCCUCAACACAGGCCAUGCGCUCUCUACAAGAUUUCGACUUUUUUGGGAGCAAACUUAAAAUCGAGUACGCCAAAACAAAAUCAAACACAGUUGCCAAGCUGGACGGCACAUUCAAGCUGUCCAACCCAUCAGCAUCCACAAACGUCCAAGUCACGGAACUGCAGCAGAGUAUUUUCAACGCGCCUGUGCCAGGGGCCGCAGCUCACGGGCUUCCCACCAAGCCCCCCUCAGCUGGCGACCACGCCAUGAAGGACGCCGAUUCCGCCGAAAACAGGGGCCAAAAGCGAGUCAGGGAUGAGGAGGAUGAGGAUGAGGAUAGUGACGUCGCCAUGGAGGAGGACAGCGACGACGAGUAGGCUUACUGUCAACCAUACUUUUCCGGUUCAGACCGGGCCUACUCGCGCGAAAUCCGGUGUGGCGAUCCGGCCUCCAAACGCGACUCGGGGAGGGAGAGGAGACACAACCGUCUCAGCCCUCCGUAUGGCACGCCUUCUUGGAGCCUUGUUAGACGGCCACCACCCAAGUCUGCUACGCCAAUGCCAUCUCGGUUGGCACCCAGAGGCCAACGCAGCCACCCACCAGCCCCAACCAAACCAUCAGAUAGUCUUCUCUGGAGCAGUCGAAGUCCGACAUUGCAUCUCCAAGGAGGCAUGGGUGGAUGAAGAAGGUUGGCAGACCUGUUAUGGGAUGGUGCUGAAGAUAGGCGGGGGAAACAAAGAAAAAUGACAGAAAGAGGACGCAGCGUGUUAGUAUAGACCGACCGGCCCUGAACUCGGAAGAAACUCGGAAGAAGGCUGCAUAUCCAGACUUGCUUACAUCUGCUGAGAUGGCCCCAAUCGGCCCUUGCGUCCGGAGCCGUUCUUUGAACUGGUCGGGAACCAGGCGCCGGAAGACCGUAUCCAGGUCCAGCGCUGGCUCGUCGGCUGGCAGUCCGCGCAGAGAGAACCAUAGGCACGGCACUCGGUAGGUAGGGUGCAGGUGAACCUCAUAGGUGACGCUGGGCAGCUCUUCGGGAGUGGGUCGGCUGGGCAGGGCCGACUGGCACGGAGGACUCUUGGUUCAGUCGCAGCGAGGGGAGCUGUGUGGCAUGGCAAGCUGCGGGGAGGCGGAACAUACCGAAUCCGCGUCUUCGAGGUCCAUCAUGUGCUGGUCGGCGCCAACGUGGGCGGCAGUAUCUUCAUCGACAGCGCCGAGUGAGAAGCCGCCGAGUUGGGCAGAGAGGCCAGCGUCGUCGAGGGCGAGCUCGGCAGCGGUGAUGGGGCGGACUAUCUGGACAUAUGUGCUGUACUCGGGACCCAGGGCAAAGCAGGCGUCGAGGGCAGAGAUGACGUUGAGCUUCCACUGCUUGCGGAGCGGGCCCAGAGCGGCACGUCGAUACCUCCUGUCGAGCUGAUGGCAGGUCUCGGCAAACUCGUCGGCGUGGAGGAAGGGAUACUCCCGAAAGUCGGAGCUCCUUUUUGCGCGCAUCGGGACGUGAUUUUGGUCGGAUUAAGCACCAGGCUUAUAGACAGGUGCCUAGGUUCUAGGUUCCUACCUAGGUAGAUACAGGUAGACGGUAGACAGCCCUUUGUACCCAAGACGAAGUUGCUCGAUCGUGGGGGUUUUGGAAUGAUGGUGUCCACACACAUUUCAAAGGCCACCCCUCCCAAGAAAUACCCAGCUAACAGCUCUUGGUACCUAAACUCGGCGCUGUGUAAUUGUUGGGUUGGCACAUUACACCCAUCGCAACUUGUCAUGUUACCAUUUCAUACUACUCGUAAUAUGCAUUUGAAGCCAAACUCAUAUGUAAAGUUUGACCCGAGUUGGCCCACUGCCUCUGGCUGUAGUAUGCGUGCCCUUUUCACAGAAGUGGCAGGCCGGAGGUGGUAAAGAACAAGGCUGGGCACCCGCAAACAGAAAAAAUAAAGAAUGACGGCAGGGCUGCACUAGGGCGACGGAUUGGGCAGUGGUGGCUGUUUUUGUUUUGUUUUGCUAAAUCAGUUAGGUGGUCGAAUGCCGAUUGGAACUCACUGGCCAGGUGGUUUCUAAGCCCGUCACUUGCUUCUGCGAACACAUAUCUAAUCACCAACCUGCUCGUCUA